AUGGUGUACUCGGCGGACCCGCAGUUCCUGCGGUUCCUCCAGGAGGGAAUAACCUGUGACUCAGUGUUGGCUAUGGGGGUGACGGUGCGGGUGGAGAUCACCCAACUCAGCUGGAAUUCCAGGAAGGAGGUCAUCGACUGGCUCAACUUGCUCAUCUCAGAUCAGGCCGCUAGAAUUAAGUUUCACUAUGCAUCUCCGCCACUAUCCCAAAGCAGCGGCCAGGCAUCCAAUGGAGGCGCUGCUAACCCGGUGAAUUCAGUGCCUGUGCAAGAGAUCUGCAUAACCAACGAACAGGCCCCUGUCCCUGCUAUCGACGAACAGCAAGUGAUCGACCUUACCAUGUCUGACGACUAA